UCUAUGGUUCUUUACGUCACUUCCGGUAACACAACUCACCUGAACACAUGUGUGUCCACAUAAUAUGAGUUUGUUGGAUAUAUUAUAAAUAAAACAGUUGGCUUCAACUCCCUGUUGACUUUUCACACCGGGGACACCAUGGGGAACGGGAAACGAGGCCAGAACAAGAGGAGGCCCAGCUUCCGCAAACUGCUGAAAACCAGCAAUGUGAAGAUUGACAACAAGACCAAGAACAAGCAGUUCAAGCAAACAAACGUAGUCAAGAAGCAACGCAAGGAGAAUCGCAAGCUCAGGCAGGCCAUCAGCGAUGUCUCCACCAAGAUCCCACAGCCCCUUGAGCGCUAUCACAAGAAUCCAGAUGAAGUGGAGGAUGAAGAGGAGUUUUUGGAGACGCUGCCCACGGACAUGAUGGAGGAGGACGACCUGGAGCAGAUCAGAGCCAUGGCACAGAGGGCCUCCUUCAUCACGAGAGACCUCUCCUCCUGCGCCCCUGUGCACGCUAAGAAGCGUAAGGCGGAGCAGGCGGCGGCGACGUAUGAGAAGAAUCCCCGCAAGAUGAAGAAGAACGAGGAGAAAGAGCUCAUCCACCUUCUGCCAAUCAAGGACAGGACCCGCCUCAUCCCACAAAGCAUGGAAAAACCAGUACAACCCAAAGAGCAGGAAGAGGAUGAACCAGACUACGAAGAGGAAUGGGAGCCGGUGGAGGAGGAGCCUGGCCCGGUUCUGAGUCCAGAGGAGCAGAUCCAUCUGCGGGCCCAGAAGCUGCUGGAGAGGAAGGAGCGCAUCGCCAGACUGGGCUCAGCCAUACUCGCUGAUCCUAACGCCAACAUUAAGAAGGUGAAGGAGUUGAGGUCCAUGCUGAUGGAGACCGACCCCAGUGUGGCCGUCACCGUGAGGAAGCUGGUCAUGGUGUCCCUCAUGGAGAUCUUCAAGGACAUCGUUCCCUCCUACCGCAUCCGCCCGCUCACAGAGACAGAGAAGUCCACCAGGGUGAAAAAGGACACGCAGCAGCUGCGCGAGUUUGAGGAGGGCCUGGUGAGCCAGUACAAGUUCUACCUGGAGAACCUGGAACAGGUCGUCAAAGACUGGAAGCAGAAGCGCCAGAAGGCCAGUGAGGCGGUGUCUCUGGAAUGCUACCGCGGCCUGGCGGAGGUGGCCAUCCGCUGCCUGUGCGAGCUCCUGGUGGCCCUGCCACACUUCAACUUCCACAACAACAUCAUGGUCGUGGUGGUGCCGCACAUGAACGAACAGGCGCGCCAGGUGAGUGCGAUGUGUUGUGAUGCAGUGAGGACGCUUCUGAAGCAGGAUAAACUGGGAGAAGCCUCUCUGGGGCUGGUGAAGGUCAUCUCCGGAAUCGUCAAGAGCAGAAACUACCACGUCAAACCAGAGAUGCUGAAGACCCUGAUGUGUCUGCGGAUUAAGGAGGUGGAGGUGAGGAAGGACUCCGACGACCUGAAGCCCAAGCAGAAGUUCAUGACCUACCAGGACAAGAAGAAGAACCUGUCCAGGAUGCAGAGGAAGUGGAAGAAAGCAGAGGAGAAGCUUCAGAAAGAGCUGAUGGAGACCGAGGCCACGGAGAGCAAAGUGAAAAAGCUGAAAUUGCACACAGAAACGUUGAACAUUGUGUUUCUGAUCUACUUCAGAAUACUGAAGAAAGCCCAGAAGUCUGUUCUUCUCCCGUCUGUUCUAGAGGGACUAGCAAAGUUUGCGCAUUUGAUUAACCUGGAGUUCUUUGACGACUUGUUGACGGUGCUUCAUAAUCUCAUCGUCUCCGGCGAUCUGUCCAAUCGUGAGAGUCUUCACUGCAUCCAGACUGCCUUCCACAUCCUCUCUGGGCAAGGUGAUGUGCUUAACAUCGACCCGCUGAAAUUCUACACCCACCUGUACAAAACCCUGCUCACGCUCAGCGCAGGCCGUUUUAGUGAGGAGACGGGUAUCGUGCUGCAGUGUCUGGACGUGAUGCUGUCCAAGCGCAGGAAGCAGGUGACGCUGCUGCGCGCCCAGGCCUUCCUCAAGCGCCUCACCACCCUCGGCCUGCACGUGCUCACCGACGCCGCCAUCGGCAUCCUGUCCGCCAACCGCACCAUCAUGCAUGCUUUCCCUAAGACUGACAUCAUGCUGGAUAAUGAGAUGCAGGGCAGUGGGGUCUACAACCCCGAGAUGGACGAGCCGGAGUACUGCAACCCCCAAAGCACAUCGCUCUGGGAGCUACACACACUCAAGCGUCACUACCAUCCUGUGGUGAGGAAGUUUGCUGCUCACCUCCUGAAGGGGGCGCCGAGCGAGGGCAACGGAUCUCUGAAUGUGGAGUUGAGCCGCAGGUUACCAGUGCAGCUGUUUGAGGACUACAGUGUGAAGGACAUGACCUUUAACCCCCCAGUGGGUGCGCCCCCCACACUGAAAAAGGAUCGUUUCACCAUCGGCUACGCCUUUAUAGAUGCAAAACUUAAGACGCACAUCGACAAGGUUAUAGAGGCGGAACCUGAGCUCACAACUUUGGAUUUUUCAGAAAAUCGAAGUCCAAGUGAACAAGUUUGAAGACUCUUGUUGUAUAGGCUGCUUGAAAUGUUUUGUGUUUUCUAUAAAUGAUAUCAUAAUAAAAUCCCUUAUGUACCCCUAAAA